CCUCGAUUGACAGACGUUGUUCUCAAAGUCUCUUCAAGAGCGAAUGUACGGAGACACAGUCAUAGUAAUCGUUACAUUGAGACAAGAUGCCUUUUACGACUUUAAAGCGAAGUGAUGUUGCUCACGAAACCCAUAUGAAAACUCCUCCCGUUAAAAACGGGCUGAAAUGGGCGGCGAUCGGAGGUGUUGUUUUGGGUUUCUUGGGUGUUAUGAAAAUUACCGGCAAUCUGAACAGGGAAUUCUUCGCCGAACUGCUGGUGGCUCGGGAAGGGAAGACACACGAAGCUCCGCAUCACCAGCAGACGGACAAGACCGACUCAUCAAAGCAAAGCCCAAUACCCCCUGGAACGGAAGCCACUAUUAUAAUUAAAUAAGAGGUGAUGCUCUUUGCACCUCUUGCGUUCGUACGCUCAUAUCGUCUUUGGCCGUGCGUCUUUUGUGUUAUUACGAAAACAACAAUAAUAA